UGCGGGACGGAUCCGCCUUUCUAAAUUCAUUCCGACGGAAAAGGACAACAACACUACGCGAACCCCCUUUUCUCACUGGAGCGCCAAUCACCUUCCUGGCAGUACUUACGUCUCUUUCUCUCCUCUCCUUUUUCCUCGCACAUCGACUUGUCGCGAUGAUGGCUCGAUUGAGAUCUCUUGCCGUCGUCGUGGCUGUCGCAGUGCUGGUUGUCGCGUCGACGACUUCUGCUCACCUUGAGAGUCCCCAGCCGACUGCACUUGCGCGCUCAUCGAUCAGCCAUCCGCGCGCCGUUCGGCGACUCUUCGGUCUCGGCUCAGGUUCAGGUUCGGAUACAGGCAGUGACACCAGCUCUCAAGGGUCAGAUAGCUCCUCGUCGAGCGACAACGGUCUCUCUGCCUCCAGUUCCUCGUCGGACGACGGUGCCGCGUCCUCCGCAUCGGCCGCCUCAAGCACGGCCACGAGCGACACGUCGCAGGACAGCAACACGAACCAUACGCCCCUCAUCAUCGGUGUCAGCGUCGUCGGCGGUGUGGCCAUCCUGGGCGCCGUGAUCUUCCUCUGGAUGAAGUUUGGUGGCAAACGGUUCAGCGACUACAAGGAUGAUGACGCCGACAUCAAGUGGCCGGAGCUCAAGGCGGACCACGAUGCAGCGCUACAGCCCCUGCCGGCACGGCGGACAGGAGGCGCUGGCUUCGACAUGGGUGGCGAAUCGGACAAUGGUCACGAGGCGGGCGGCGAUAGCCACAGCAUGCAAGAGUACGGCAGCAAGGGCAGGGAUUCGUUCACGGGCAGUUCGGUCGCCCUCAACGCCUACCCGAAUUCGUCGCAGGCCGGCGGCUACUACGACCCAUACGGGGCCACCCCCUACGUACCAGAUCCGCAAUCACAGCAGCAGGCCGGCUACAACUCAAGCUACGGCCACGCCGAUGUGUAUGGUCAGAUGCAAGACCCGUACAUGGGCGCAGCUCCUGUCCAGCACACGAGCCCCUCGAUGGACCCGUACCGCGUGAAUGUCCACCAAGGCCAGCCUAUGCAAAAUCCAUACGCAUAGGCUGGCUAGCUUCCACCCGCCCAACAUCAGUGUCAAUCAGCAAUGCGCUCUCGAGGCGCCAAGGCAUCCUUGCUCUGGCGAUUCUCCUCUCCUCUUACAGAGCCCAAAUACCUUUUCUAUACAUCGGCUCGGACCCCCCCCCCCCCCUCUCCUCUCCUCUCCAUUUUCCUCUUCUUUCCCACCCCAAUCUACUCCCAACUCCCACUCCCACUACCACUUACUCGUUCUUCACUCCUCUUUAAAGGCACACAUUCGUUUCAUUUUCUCACUCGUUUCGGAUCCUGUAUUGCAAGAACGCUUCGCCCUGGAAAUAUCUACUUCCCUGACUACUGCUUCUACGUCCGU